ACAAGUAGUAUCGUCCACUAGCAAAAUGGCCGCUUCGGAACGUUGGUGAAAAUUUUCCAGUGUCUCGAAGAAAAAAAUACAUUUUGUGAUACAAAAUGACGACGAGAAGGAGAAAGAAGGAUGGAGAUGAUACUGCCAAUGGAGCACUACCCAGCGUGUGGACAAGGGCUUUCAAAGCGUCUUCAGAGUGGCCUGAUAAAGAUGAGUUCUUGGAUGUGAUCUAUUGGUACAGGCAAGUCAUUGCACUCAUAGCAGGCUGUAUAUGGGGACUGAUACCGCUGAAAGGCUUUAUAGGAUUAGCUUUGUUUGUUGCCUUGAAUGCAGGCAUCAUGUAUUUAUACUUCAGUUCAUUCCAAGAGGUAGAUGAGGAGGAGUAUGGAGGUGCCUGGGAGAUCACCAAGGAAGGAUUCAUGUCCUCAUUUGCUUUGUUUUUGGUAACCUGGAUCUUGUUCUACUCUGCCAUGCACUUUCCAUAAUAGGAAGGCUCCCAGUGCAUAGGAACAAGUCACAAACAAUAUACAGUGGAAGGGUACUCUCAUUUAGGGCUGGAAAUGAAGGGAGAGGAAGCCGUGAAGAAUUCUUCUUCUACCUGCAAAUUUCUUUGUAGAAAUGAGCUUCAGCUUUACAACAUGAAAUGUAUAGGGAUAAUCUAAAAAAAGAAAAAGCCUUAUGCUUGACCAUGCUUUCUCCAAAAUGUAGACUCUGCAAUUGAUAUCUUUAAGUUGUUUUCAUAAUGACCUUUGAAGAUAGACUCUACUAUUUGUAGAGGCUCGAUGUUCCCUCAACCAAUACGUUGGAAAUUACAGACACUAACCUUGUUUACUUUUAUCAAUUACAAAACAUGAGGCUGUUACAUGAGAAAUUUUCAGCUCUCUCUUACUACUGUGUAGAUAGCAUUGUCUGUAUUCAAAAUUGGUGUUUUUUCUUCAUCUAAGUGUAAUGUGUCACAUAGUGAUGAAGUAAAGCAAUAAAAUUUCCCACCUUGCAUUCAUCCACUAAUGAGAACUAACUCCAUGCCAUUGCCAGUACAACUGUACAAUACCCAGACUUUGAUAUGUAACCAAAACCCAACAGCACAUGUAAGAUUGCCAAUGUUUUUUUGUAGACACUAGUACAUUAUCAGGGAGAAGGAUUAUCAUGUUGAAUUCUCAGUAUGCAUGUUCAUCAUGUUUUUCUCAUAGGAAAAUGCCCAUCAGGCAUACCCAAUUAUUGAUGCUGAAAUCAUCUGGCUGCCAACUCAUACUACAGCGUGCUACAUUUAUUUUUUUCUAAGGGUUGAGAAUGGCCAACGUGUCAAGUAACUUUCAAAACAUCAUUUCAAAAGGAUUACACUUUUUCUUACUGGUACACAAUUCUUAGUUUCCAUCCAAUGGUAACCUCCUUUGCGGCCACCCAUGUUUGCUGUCAAUUAUUGUAGGGGGAGUACUGAAUAGUGGGUGCAAACAAAACCUUCCCAGCACAAGACCCUGGCCGGUAUGUUGAAAAUCGAGAAUCAGCGCUCCCCUAACAAUAACAGCCAGCACUCAUGGAAGGCUGUGAAGCAAGCUACUAACAGUGUGGUCACCCUCAUGCCAUCCACACUUGUGAGUCUGUGAAUGUAUAAUGUUUAUGAAAUACCAAUUAGCAUGUGCCUUGAUUCAUGUUAUGUAGCCUUCUUCCAUUGAGUAUUAAUUCUGCAUCUUCUGUGACUAUAAACUGUCAGGUUGAUUACUCCAUUGGAUAGCAGUAUAUAUAGCAAUUAUAAUGAUGUUUCUUUAAGACAUGUUACCAGCUACAUCUUGUACAGACAAUUUUAGAGUUGUGUCAAUUCAAAUGAAUAUUGUUACAGGAAAGUUUUGCUUGCCUUGUGUAUAUGAGCCAAAAUGACAGCAUGAACAGAUCUACUGUUUCCCCUUCCCAGGAAUGGGCAACCUCUGUUGAAAAUUUACAAUGAAACUGCUGUAAGAUAGCAUACUUAUUAAAAGGUCAACCUAUGUAGUGAAUGUCAUUGGUUACUACUUGCUUGUGUUACACAAUCUCCUGCUGCCAGGGACUAACUGGGAGCGAUAUGUAGUCAGGCUGUGUUACACCUUCUAUGUGACGUUUUAAUCUAAUUUUGAAAUGAUAAUAAAAUUCAUUCAGAAGCUGA